AUGAUGAUGAUGAUAACGUUUACGUCUAUUGGUCUGCUAUAUGCUACCUACGUAGAUACAGCGGCGCAUCUUUGGCGCUUUAGACGUCUAGAGUCUUCAAAAAAUUUAAUCAACAACACUAAUAACCAGCCCCAAGCACCUCAGGCGGUUACGAACUUGUCUAACCAGGUCGCUCAAGGGAUUACGGUCUUGACUAACCAGGUCGCUCAGGGAGGCAACCAAAUCAUCGCGCAGUUGACUCAGGUCAUUGCGCAGUUGACUCAGGUCACUGCACAGUUGACUCAGGUCACUGCGCAGUUGACUCAGAACAGCACGCAGUUGACUCAGAACAGCACGCAGUUGACUCAGAACAGCACGCAGUUGACUCAGAACAGCACGCGAUUGACUUUGAAUGAUCUCCAGCGUCGCCAAGUUGGUCGCCGGAGCAGUUACAUAUCUUAA